CCUUUUUUUUUUUUUUUUUUUUUUUUGCCAAUCGCCAUCCCACGACAGCCUACCCGGAGGAAAGGAGUCGGGGAGGGGAACGCGAGGACACACCCGCAUAUACUGUACCCGCUGUACGCGGCGAGGAUGCUGUAGACAACAUGAUGAGGUGACUAUCAUCGACUGUCCCAUAUUGGAAAAUUCAUGUUUUUUGAACCCCAUCCCUGCAUGAAGCCAGGAGACCUGAGUGUCGCAGCUGCGUUUUCACCUCCCUGAUCACAGCAGGAGCUUUAACUCACAGCUGCAAUGAAGAAGAUGUCAGCAGUCAGACCAUAGCUGACAUCCUGUGGGCAUCAGGUCUUUACGGUGUUGAGCCCCCUCCCUCUCCUGGCUCCUGCCUGCAGUUCUCCAGGCUGCAGGACCCAGACUCCCUGAAAAGUGCAGGCCUCCUCUCCUUGCAGAAUGACUGUUGCCACAGGCGACCCCUCUGACGAGGCAGCUGCGCAUCCGGGUCACCCGCAGGAUUACGACCCGGAGGCUGACCAUGAGUGCUGCGAGAGGGUGGUCAUCAACAUAUCAGGGCUGCGCUUUGAGACCCAACUUAAAACGCUCUCUCAGUUCCCCGAGACACUGCUGGGGGACCCUAAAAAGAGAAUGCGGUACUUCGACCCGCUGAGGAACGAGUACUUCUUUGACCGGAACAGACCCAGCUUUGACGCCAUAUUGUAUUAUUAUCAAUCAGGGGGCCGGCUCAGACGGCCAGUCAACGUCACCCUCGACAUUUUCUCAGAGGAAAUCCGCUUCUAUGAGCUGGGUGAGGAGGCCAUAGAGAUGUUCAGAGAAGAUGAAGGUUUUAUCAAGGAGGAAGAGCGCCCCCUUCCAGAUAAUGAAUUUCAGAGACAGGUAUGGCUGCUCUUUGAGUAUCCAGAGAGCUCAGGUCCUGCUAGGAUUAUUGCCAUAAUCUCUGUCAUGGUUAUCCUGAUAUCUAUAGUCAGCUUCUGUUUGGAGACCCUCCCCAUUUUCCGCAACGAUGAGGACGACAUGCACAAGGCUCACGCUGCAGUCUUCUCACCUGAGACCAACACCACCAUCAUCAGGUACACCUCCACCUACUUCACUGACCCCUUUUUUGUCCUGGAAACUCUCUGCAUCAUAUGGUUUUCCUUUGAGUUCCUGGUGCGGUUCUUCGCCUGCCCCAGCAAAGCGGGUUUCUUUGUGAAUAUAAUGAACAUUAUUGACAUCGUCGCCAUCAUCCCUUACUUCAUCACACUGGGCACUGAGCUCGCAGACAGGCCAGAUGACGGUCAAGCAGGUCAGCAAGCCAUGUCUCUAGCCAUUCUAAGGGUCAUCCGUUUGGUACGGGUCUUCAGAAUUUUCAAGCUCUCUCGUCACUCCAAGGGGCUUCAGAUUUUGGGUCAGACCCUAAAAGCCAGCAUGAGGGAGCUGGGUCUGCUAAUCUUUUUCCUCUUCAUUGGAGUCAUCCUUUUCUCCAGCGCUGUUUACUUUGCUGAAGCUGACGAGCCCGAGUCACAGUUUGAGAGCAUCCCAGAUGCUUUUUGGUGGGCCGUGGUGUCCAUGACCACGGUUGGCUACGGUGACAUGGUCCCGACAACCAUCGGUGGGAAAAUCGUGGGCUCCCUCUGUGCCAUUGCUGGUGUGCUGACCAUUGCCCUGCCGGUACCUGUCAUUGUGUCCAACUUCAACUACUUCUAUCACCGUGAGACUGAAGGUGAAGAGCAGGCUCAGUACCUACAGGUCAACGUGCCUAAGUCGGACUCCGCAGAGGAGCUGAAGAAGAGCCGGAGUGGCUCCACCAUCAGUAAAUCAGACUAUAUGGAGAUCCAGGAGGCCGUGAACAACAGCAACGAGGACUUCCAGACGGGCAACUGCACACUGGCCAACACAAAUUAUGUAAACAUCACCAAGAUGCUGACCGACGUGUAGUCAUCUGCUGGUUUUCUUGAUCACGAGAGUGGGAAAAUGUGGAGCCGAGCAUCACGAUGGGACAGCUGUACCCCCACCUCCUCACGAGAGCUGGGAAAAUCAUGGCAAUAGAAAUCAGGACGUCAAUGAUGAUGAUAGACAGCUAAAAAAAAAAGUUACAUAGGCGUUUUUUGAUCUGCUCUCAUCCUGUCGUCAACUUGCUGUAAGAACUCCUGAUUACUGUCGAAGAGGGUGAAAUUUUCCAGUUUCAUAUUUCUGCAUGGAUCUGGCUUCAUCUGUGUGGCUUUACAAAAAAAAGAACAAAACAAUGAAAAACAACAACAAAACACGUACCAAACUCGUUCUGUUGAUGACAGUAGCCAACAAAAGGAGAAGACACAGCGAGAUAGAAGAAGAAAAAAAAAAGCUUGAAAAGCAGCACAAACACCUCAAAGCUUGCUUCAGCCGCCGCCCCGCGCUUUCUCAUUCCCCUACACACUGCUCUGCCCUGCACUUUCUGAGGAGCCCGAAUCGCUCGCUACAUAUGCUGCUUCCUGGAGCCACUGGAACAAAAUAAUAAUAAUAACAAUUUAAAAAAAGAACUGUCUUAAGCCACAUCGUUAGAUAAGAGGACAUACGAGUGUAGAGGAAGCUCACUGCGGUCGGCCUGUCAGUGACGUUUGAUGAGGUGGUUAAAUACACCGCCUUAUAUCGAGGAUGAAUGAAAGCCAUCGGCGCUAAGCUAAUGGUUUGACACCUUCUUUUCCCAGUAGACAUCAGUAUCUGAUGAAUGACUGAGAAUGGCCUUGACUUUUCAAUGCUUUUGGUCCUACGUGUACUGUAUGUAUCACAAAAUGCAAGCUUUUAGCCCCCCACCCCCCGCCCCCGUUUCCACCCAUACACAUUCACCCAGACUGGUCUUACUGCAGAGCUUUGAGGACAGCUUGAAUGUUUCCUUCUUGUUUAGAUUGAUUUUCCACACACACACGUUGUUCAUGUAGACACCGUAGACAGGCUUACUGUGACUAAACUGACGGCAGGUUAGAAAAGGUAGGUGCUGUUCGUAGUAAAACUUAGUGCGUAGAUAAUUGCAUGACGUUUCUAUCUCGAUGAGAAAAUUCACUUAACUGCCACUUGCUUCUUCACACCACUGUAUAUUUGUCCGUACACUGCCUUCUAUACAGAAUCUAAGGGUUUUUACAGAAAGCCUGCUGGUAGCUCUUUAAAGAUGUAAUAAACUAAAGCUGUAUGUUAAAGGAUUUCUUAAGGAAUAAUCAGGAGGUCCAUUCUGUCCUGAGCAGGAAGUUUGAAGACCUCAUCAGUAGUAACAUUCCACGUAGGAAUCAUCAUCAGCCGAACUGUGAUUUCAGGCGUUACCGCACACCUUAGGCGUGGGCUUAUCUAAUCUCAUCCGCAAACGUGGUAGACUCGCAGCGUUGUCCUUUUCGUGGGUUCAUCACACGAUGAUAUCAUCUUCCUCCUGAGCAAAGUCGUAGACUUUAAGAACUUGUGCGUAGAAUUAUGCUUCCCCCAGAUAAAACUGCCUCUUUUUUUUUACUUUUUUUUUAUCAGAGAUUAAGCUACUCGCAUAGUGUUGCAUGACCUCAGAACAUUCCUAGAAGCAUGCAUUUAAGAUUAAAGAAGAAGAAACAAGCCUCUGAGACAAGAAUAACCAUUAUCAUAGAUUUAUUUAUUUCUAAUAUAUAUAUAUAUUAAAAUAAAUACAUGGAUAAAAGCAUAUAUGUAUAAAGAAGAACAAAUACGGUGCACAUAUACUUUUAUUAGAGAAAGUAAAUAACUAAAGGGAGGAAGAGACUUUCCACAUCUUGAAGGUCAUCGCCCUGUUUUGAUUUUUAAUGGUACUUGUACUCGUUCCCAGCACUGUAGUACGUGCUGCAGUUUCCCUCUGUGUGCCAGGGAAACACUUACUGGACGGUUCAGUAGUCACUGAAAGGCAAGUCGUUGUUCAAAACAAUACAUACAUCAACCCUAAACUGACUUUUAGACCAGAAAGCUUUUAUUGGCCCGGCUGAAUUUAAAUGGAGUCUGGCCGUCCUCAGAGAUGUCUCUGAUGCCAGGAGCUCAAUCUGUCUUCAAAAGUUGGCAGUAAAUGUGGUGAUUCCGGGACCGGGUCCAGCUCGGGUUUUUUUUUUCUCCACAGCCCUCACGCAGCCAAGGUAACGGUCAAAGACAGAAACAUCAAUAUUGGAAGUGAUAAUUAGCCGCAGUGUAGCAGACCUUUGGCUAACCUACCCUACGCGUCCUACGGGGGCAGCGCCAGAGAAGCUCUCCAGUGUCUGUCUCCUCUGUCUUUGUCCUUGAACCUUCUGUCUUUCUCCAUCUUUCUGUGGAUGUCAAAGGUCAUUGGAAAGGUGACAAAUAAGUUUGUAGCAAGCACUAUCUGAAUGAUUUCCAUCAUCAAGGAUGUAUUUUUUAUUUAUUUUUUUGCUAUUUCUUGUUAUUCUUAUUCUUGGUACUUUUAUUCUUCAAUGUGAGCCGGAGACGUUGGCGUUUAUAAGUGUUAUUUAAAGAUUUUCAUGGACGAACUUGAACAAAAAGGUGAGUUUUAUCAAUUGAAGGGUCAGGACCCUGAGGGUAAACCCGAUUAUUAUCUAAUCAGCAAUAUUCCCAUUAUUCUGAACUAAGGAAGAGUUUAAUGUAUUUUUAUGUUAUAUUUAUUAACUCUGUUGUUUAUUUAUAUUCCUCUUAUUGAUAAUAUUAUUUUUGUGGUAUGUAAGUUUAUUCAGAGUUGUGUGUGUGAGUGUGUGUGAGUGAGAGAGAAGAAGAAGCACUGAAGGUUGGUGUUUUAUGUCAUGGUUGUACGGCUGCAUUUAUGCAAGAGUCAUUUCCAUAUAUAUAUAUAUAUAUAUAUAUAUAUAUAAAUGAAACAAAACAAAAUAGUCUGACCAAAAAUAUCCAUCUAUGCAUGAACACGCAUCAAAUCUCUCCACGUACUUCACCGUCGGUUUGCAUUGCUCCAAUAUUAGUCACAUGACUGCACUGUACCUCAGCUGAAUUCACUGUAGCACAUUCACUCAUACACUACAACAACAUGGUGGAAGAGAAGAAGAAUUCUGCUUGAAAAGGCAGAAACAAAUGACAUCCUGUUUUUUUGGUUGUUGUUUUUUCUUCAUUGGAGGCAAAAUUAAGAUGAAAUCAUUUACGUUUGGGGGAGACUAGGGAGCGUCUAAAAAUACCUGUCUCACCUGCUGAGUGACGCACCAAAAGGUGCACUCAGUGACAAAAGCAGUGGAUCUGCUGAGAAACCUGUGCAGAAAGAUCAGCGGUUUCUAUUUGUGAUGUUAAACAAAGGUUUAAAGUGCAGAUUUGUACAUGUAGUAAAACCUGGUGGAGCGUUUGACACAGUUGUGCAAAGGUGAAGUACUUCUUUCACACUCACACUAUUUUUUAGUUCCUGAAGCACAGGGUUUUCUUUGGACUGGAUCAGCAGCUCUUUAC